AUGUCAGCAGCAGAUGGAGGUGCAGCGGCUCUACUGGCGGCAGGGUUGAAUACGGGUGGAGAAGUUAUGUACGAAGAUGAUCUCACUGAUAAUACUAUUCCGGAUAUUCAGAAGAUAACAAAGAAGAAUAACAUUCUACCGUUGUGGGGAAAUACACAGUCGAUGAAUUUGAAUGCACUCGUUCUUGAAAAUAUUAUUCAGUGCACAUAUUACAAGAAUUAUCUUGCCGAAACGACUGGAUUCCAACAACUCACGGAGGAGAUUUAUUACAAUGUGAAACACUUAGAGCCAUGGGAGCGGGGCACACGUAAGACACAAGGCAUGACUGGCAUGUGUGGCGGGGUUCGAGGUGUAGGCGCAGGUGGUGUGGUUAGCACAGCCUUUUGCCUGUUGUACAAGCUGUUCACUAUAAGGCUGACGAGAAAGCAGCUCGUAAGUAUGAUCAAUAAUCGAGAUUCGCCAUAUAUUAGAGGAAUUGGAUUUAUGUAUAUUCGUUUCUGUCAGCCACCAACUGAUUUGUGGACGUGGAUGGAACCUUAUUUGGAUGAUGAAGAACAAAUAGAUCCGAGGAGUGGAGGCGGGGACGUAAUGUCGAUGGCACAAGUUGUGAAAAUGAUGUUAACAAAACUCGAUUGGUAUGGCACACUCUUUCCUCGUAUUCCAGUGCCCAUUCAGAAAGAUAUCGAAUUAAAGUUCCGUGAACGCGCUAAGGCAGAAUAUGAUCGUGAAAGAAGCGAAAGGGAUCGGGAAGAACGUGUUGAUCGAGAUCGGGAUAGAGAAAGGGAAAGGGAAAGAGACAGAGAUAGAGAACGGGAAAGGGAGAGGGAUAGGGUCAGAGAUCGACGAAGAACUAGGAGUCGAUCGCCGGAUCGCGAACGAGAGAGAGAUCGUACUCGGGAUCGAGAACGAGAUCGGGAUCGGGAUAGAGACAGGGAUCGAGAAAAGGAACGAGAGAGGGACAGAGAUAAACAACGAAGAGACGUCAGAAAAGGUAAUUCACACGAACGGUCAUCAGCGAGUAGCACUCAGCUCUCCUCGUCAUCAGAUCGAAAAAGGAAGCACGGUGGUCAUUCCUACAAAUGCCAUCAUCAUCUACGACACCACCACUGCCGUAAACACAAGCAGCGUUGUCCUUCCAAAGCAAAAAAGUAUCCUUUUUUUACUACUCGCCUCAUUUUACUACCUAAAUGUUCACUCAUCAACAGUGAAUAUUUGAUGAGUGAUGCUGGAAAUUGGUGUUUAAUUGAAUCAGAUCCAGGCGUUUUCACGGAACUUAUUCGUGGAUUUGGCGUUGUUGGAUUACAAGUUGAAGAAUUGUAUAGUCUUGAUAAGGAACAGUUCACUGAGCUGAAACCAGUGUAUGGAUUAAUAUUUUUAUUCAAAUGGCGCGCUGGUGAUGAGCCGUCCGGCGAAUUGGCUCUUGAUAACAGUAAAGUGUAUUUUGCGCAACAGGUGAUUCAAAAUGCAUGUGCUACACAAGCGAUAAUUAAUUUAUUGAUGAAUGCCCCACCGGACUCUGGUAUAACGUUGGGACCAAUUCUGGAGGAGUUUAAAAACUUUACGUGUACAUUUGAUCCGAUGAAUCGUGGCCUAUGCCUGAGCAACAGUGAUCCGAUUCGUGAGGUUCACAACAGCUUUGCAAGACAGCAUCUUUUUGAACUGGAUAUUCGAGUACCCGAGAAGGAUGAGAACUAUCAUUUUGUGACAUAUCUUCCGGUAGAUGGUCAUAUCUAUGAAUUGGAUGGCUUGAGACCAGCACCAAUUGAUUUAGGCGUUAUUAAGGAAGGAGAGGAUUGGCUGGAUUUGGUCCGUCCGAUCAUUAAUAAAAGGAUUCAGAAAUUCAGCGAUGGUGAAAUACAUUUUAAUUUAAUGGCCGUUAUAUCGGAUCGGAAAAUGAAGUAUCAAAAGCAACUGAAAGAAUUGACUGAAAUGGGCGUAGAGCAAGAACAAUUAGCGCAUUUACAAGCGCUAAUCGCCGCCGAAGAAGAGAAGGAGAAAAGUUAUAAAGCUGAAAACAUACGUCGUCGUCAUAAUUAUAUUCCAUUCAUUGUUGAAUUGCUCAAAAUACUCGCCAAAGAAGGCAAACUUGUGCCACUCGUACAGCAGGCACAGGAAAAGGCACAACGAAAGUCUGAUGAAAAACACAGUGAGAAGUUGAAAGCAAAGGCGUGA